AUGAACACUAUAAACAAUAUGGUUCGCGCGAGUCAAUUCACUUCUCAACUCGCGAAUACUAUCUUUACACUUUGUGCUCAACUUAAAACUUCGGGUUCAAUGCUGGAACAAUCGCAUAAAAAUGAAUUGAACAAAGUGUUCACAUCUCUGCGUCAAGCGUGCUGUCGAGAUAACGGACAACUUGGGACACCGUGUCGGCUGAAAAUAAUGGAGCUCGUCGAGUUGCGAGCGAUGAAUUGGCGGACGAAUCUGGCACACAGCCAGUAUUACGUGAAUAGGCCAGAAGGACAACACGACCCCGCCCCCACUGUCGGAAUCCCGCCCCCUUCUGCCACGUCAUCACAAAUGACGUCAUCAGUGACGUCACCUGUUCCCCAAUCCCCCCAACCACCGAUGCAUUCAUUCGUUCCUCAGAAUCCGAUGAUGUUUCAGGACCCUAUGGGCGGAGCCAGAGAUUUUCAGGCCAACCCUGGGGGUAUUUUCUUCAUUCCGGCGGCGUCGACAUGGAUGAAUCCCUUGAUGCCAAUGCCUCCCAACCCAUUUUUGCCCCAUUCAAUGAUGCCCCCUGAUCAUCAAAUGUUCCUUCGACAGAGAUCUUUGAACAACAAGAAACCGAAUAAUUUGAUGAAUAAGACACUCCAAUUGAGACAUGAAAUGAUCAUUCGAAACUCGGAUUCCGGCAAGAUUAUGGGUGUGAAGGGGCGGAGAGUGGCUGCCGUCGAGCAGUUGACGAAUACGGUCAUCUCGUUUCAGAAGGUCGACGCCAAAUCAAAAGAACGUACACUGACAAUCACUGCAUCCACAAUGGAGGAUAUUGAGAGAGCGAAAGAUAUGAUUAUUGAUACGAUUCGCAGAAAUAUGAGUCCGAUUCGGACGGAUAUGUCGAUCCCGCCUCCAAUGCCCAUGUCCAGUGACCUCCAUCAUCCUCAACAACAUCCUCAACAACCGACUCAAGGGGGAUCUCCAGAAGACGAAGAGGACGAUGACGACGAGGAAGAUAUAAAACUGGAGCAGACAUCCGAUGGAAAACUCACAUUUCAUUGUGAUGAUCCUGAACUCCUUGCCGCUGCUCAAGAGGCCCUAUCCGCCUAUCUCCGGGUCCGCGCCCGUCCGUCAGCCGAGGAAAGAGAGAAGAAAAAAGAGAGGAGAAAAUCGAUGCCCCUUCAACAGACCGCCCAUCAUCAACAGGAUGUUCCUGUCAUGUUGAAACCGUCGAAAACGUUCCAUGGAUCGACGCCCAACUUGGCUGAUGGUCUCGCGGCGACUACUACUGUAGUCAUGGCGACUACUGUAGCGCCACAACAGAUGGUCGCCGCGCAACACGUGCACCAGCCACAGAUUAUUGGAGAUCCAAUUCGCUACAACCGUGACAUUCUAAUGACGGCUCGUGAGACCCAGAGACAAGCAAUGACACCAGAAAUGCUCAAAGAGAUUACUGCUGUUGCUCCGGACAUUUUGAUCGCUUGA